AUGGAUGACUGCCGUCCUGACACAUCGCUUUCUCCUGUAGACGCGUCUUCAAUCCUAACUCACUUUCUGUAUAUCGCACCGCAACAACAACACCCACUCAACAACAGACCCGCCUCGCCCCAGCUCUCCACCCCCACAAAUUAUAUCGCCGCCAACUCACUCAGCUUGAGCCUCUACCAGCCUUACCGCCUAUAUCUUCACCGCCUCUCCCAUCUCAAACCCAACCACCGCCGCCACCAAGACCGCCACCACCACCACCAACAACAACAACAACAACAACAACAACAACAACAACAACAACAACAACAACAACAACACCAAUAA